GGCGACCCUUCCCCGGGUUCCCUCAUAACGUAUCUAUAUGGCCGACUUCCCUUACCUACAUUCUUCCUUUGACCAGAGGCUUCUCACCUAGGAGACCUGAUGCGGUUAUGAGUACGGCCGAGCGUGAGAGGUACCCGCAGCUCCAGAUUUUCAAGGGCCGUCGGAGGCGCGCUGGACACCACAGGACGCGCGGUGCUUUGCCGGGCGCUGCACCCUAUCUCCGGUUGAUCCGAUUCCAGGGUGGGCGAGCCGUCAAGAAGGAAAGAGAACCCUCCCCACGGCCCCCGCCGGCAUCUCUGGAGCUGCUUACGUUACCAUCGACCUCCACAACCCGGUUAGGGAAUAUUAACCCGACCCCCUUUCGAUGUGCGGUGCGCAGUGCGCCCUUGAUGCAAGGUUUCCACAUCUCUUAGGGCCGACUGACCCAUGUCCAAGCGCUGUUCACAUGGAACCCUUCUCCACUUCGGUCUUCAAAGUUCUCAUUUGAAUAUUUGCUACUACCACCAAGAUCUGCACCGGGACCCGCUUCACCUAGGCUCACGCUCCAGGCUUCGCAGCAGGCCCCGCGC